AUGCCUUCUGAGGCCGCUGAUAAAUGGCCCAAAACCUUUCGCCACAAGGCAGCCAAGAAAGCACAUGAUGCCAGGCGGGCCAAGCAUGAAGCUAUCAAGAAGAAGAUGGAACACGUACGACAGCAUAGAACAAAUCCCGACGUUUCCAAAGGUUUAUCUAAGUCUCGGCCGGAGAAUGAAAAUCCAGAUGCUGGGUCUACCUCUCAGAUUCCCGCUGAUACCAUCCGAGCUUGGUUCGAAGAUCUCAUGAUAGAUCUUCGCCAGAUGGACCUGUACUCAGAGGCUUGUAAAGCUACUUCAUUCGAUGAGGUUUCCAACCGCUCCGCUGAUUACUAUCGGCUGGCCAUGAUGCUAGCAGCUACCUUGGAGGAUAAGGCGAUAAAGUUGAAGGAUAUGUCUUCUCGCGAACUUGAGCUUCGUAAUGAUAGUGUCGGAGACUACUACUAUGACAAGGAUUGGGUUGUUUGGACUUUAUCUGCCGACGAAAAGCCUAGAGUGAUUUGUCGAUUAAUUAGGGUGUGGGGCGCAUUGCCCAUGGCGGUGGCUGACGUUUAUCCUGAUAAGUAUCUGCCAGCCUGGGAACUGCUGGUAAAGAAGGAACAAGACUGGAAUGUUGUCGUGAACUGGAUAAACAGCGCUGUUCUGGCGAGGUGUGGAAGACAGGCAUCGAAAGGGAAAUGUGUUCCCCGAGUCCUGGGAUGUGAUCUGCUUCAAGGCAUUGAUUAUGCAAUCGCCAGUGGAGCCUGUUUCGAAUAA